AUGUCGGUCAAGCCUAUCACGUCUUACGACGACUUUAAGAAAAUCAUUGCCCAGGACAAGGUGACAGCCAUCGACUUCUGGGCUACAUGGUGUGGACCCUGCAAGAUGAUCUCGCCCAUGUUUGAGAAGCUCGCCGGUGCAGCCGACGCCGACAAGAUUGAGUUCUACAAGGUCGACGUCGACGAGCAGGGCCAGAUUGCCGAGGAAGUCGGCAUCAAGGCCAUGCCCACCUUCGUCUUCUUCAAGGACGGCAAGAAGAUCAAGGAGACUGUCGGCGCAAAUCCCGGCGCCCUUGAUGUGAGUCGCACGUCGUCGCUUUCGCUGGUUGAUCAAAUGCUCAGAUGGCUGAUGCAAUUUCUCUUCCUUGCUCACAGGCCAGCAUCAAGCAAGUUGUUGCUUAAUUUUUACUCCCUCUUCCGAGACAAACGCAUAAUUUGCUGUAACAUCUUCAUGACUUUAUAG